GCGGUAAGACAUUUACCACAAAAUUUGUAAAUACAGUCGGUGACACUCACAACACUAUUUUAUAUAUAUACUUUGGUUGAAAUUGAAAUUGCGGUACACUGACGCAAAUGUUCUACUUGGUUGGUUUGGGUCUUGGAGAUGCUAAUGAUAUUACAGUUAAAGGAUUGGAAAUUGUAAAAAAGGCAGCGAGAGUAUAUCUAGAGGCAUACACAUCAGUUCUAACUGUUGGAAAGGAAGCACUGGUAAAAGAAAUAUUACUAGACUUUGACUUAGACUACUUACUACUUAACAUUUAACUACUAUUACUAGUUACUAGUUAACUUAGUAUUAACUAGACUAGUGCAAGACUAUUACUAAUACUAAUAGUAUUAUUAGUAGGGGUGUGCCGGACCCCGGUCCGGAAUCCGGUUCCGCCGGAUUUUGCACUAUCCGGUGAAAUCCGGUUCCGCCGGAUUUACAUGUAUCCGGAACAACCGGAUUCCGGAAUCCGGAAUAUACCGGAUUUCGGAAUUUGCCAGAUUUUGUGACUCACCGGAUCAUAAUCUGAAAUAAAAGUAAUUCUCUUUCCCGAAUUUCACACGAUCACGAUACAUUAAUCGAUUGUUUCGAGCGUUGAGCUUGUUUGAUGUUUAAUAUUCCGUACAUACCAGAGGCUAGAGUCAGCACCGCUAAUAGUGGCCAAUAGUGUAGGGACUUUGAUAAGAAAAUUUAAACUUUUUGUAAAAAUAAACCAAUGGCAUAGUUGAAAAGAUGUAAUUUUUUAAAGAAUUAUAACACCAAAAUCAUAUUUUUAGCUGUUGUAGUUUUAAAGUUAUGAAUUUUUAAAGUACGACUUGGUUUGUCAUUUUUUAACAUGGACUGCAUCUCCACAUUCUGUGAUCUCAUUCCACCAAUCCCGUCAUGCGCAAUGACUAUAUAGUUUAUAUAAGGCAACGCAUUCCCUGCCUUAUCACUAAAAUACUGUUUAGACUUAGUUUAAACUUUCAACUUUGGCACAUGAAUAAUUAAUUAAAGCUUUCCCUGACCAAUGGUUUAAUAGUUUUUGCACACGGCAAACUCUUAUGAAUGAAACUCUGAGGUAGUACUACGAUACAGUUAUGCAAGUGGCUGUGAAUGGUUGCCAAUGACAACGUGUUGCACACGGUAAAUUCUGAUCAUUUAUAAUAUGGAUUCUACCGGGUUGUUAAAGCUCAAAUUAAAACAUUCCAGUUUAAAUGUCUUUAAAUGCAUUCUGAAACACAAGUUAUCAAUUAUUUUGAUGUAAAUAGUGAUAAUAAAUUAAUAUUUCCUAAGUAUCGUCAACUUCCGCCAUUAAAAAGGGGGGCGUGGCCAACCCCAUGGCGAAAUUAGGUUGAGCGAGCUGCAUAACCUGCUGCGAACGCGUAGAAACAUGGCGUCUCUCGUAAGACACUUAUCCAAAUGGAACGGAACUCAAAUAUAUAUCGAAAGUACUAAUUUAAUAAUAAAUAGACACACAUCGGAAAAUUAAAAACUCGGAUUUUUUGGCGCCGAUUGCGAAUUCCCAUACACAAAAAGUAGUAGUCCACCUUGACUUACCGAAGUAUCUACCAAUAGUACCAAAAUCCGGAAUCCGGGAGAAACCGGAAUCCGGAUCCGGCGGAUUUCGCAUAAGAAAAUCCGGAUCCGGUUGGAAAAAACGGAUCCGGCACACCCCUAAUUAUUAGUAGCCUCUCUCAGUCUAUCUUUGUCAAAGUUUGUAUUUUUAAAAGAAUAUUUAAUAUUAUUAUUAUAUUUUUAUAUCAUAUUUUUUUUUACUUAGACUUAAAUGUAAUCAUUAAUCAGUGUAACACAUGUAGUCUGUGUAGUCUGACACUUACAGUACUUAGACUCAGACUCAAUUUGGGCAACCCUCUUGCUAACCAACACAUGUUGCAAAUGGACCUAAAGUCUAAAGUGUGGCCAAUUUGGUUGUGCCCAAAAUAUUUUUUUUUAAAGUUACCAUAUAACAGUCAGCUAUUGUCUUUGUCGCUUGUUAAUUGAAAGGAACAAAAAACUUAGCAUCUAAUUUUGAUUAAAAUAUCAUUAAUCAGCUUAUUUUUUAAUUUAAUUUUUAUUAAAUAAAAUGUUCCUUACUUUAUAUCAUGAAAUACUACAACUAAUUUUAUUUUUCAAUAUGCAAAGAUAUUUGCUUUCAACUUUUAUGCUUAGUGUUUACUUGUGGAGAGGAUUUAUUUUUCUCAGACUCGGUAGUUUAAUAUUAUUAAUGUGAAUGCAAUUUUAACCUUUGAAAAAUAAAGUAAUAUGCUAUAUAAUAGGCCUUAACAUUUUUAUUUGAAGGAAGCUUAUUAUGGUAGAGGAAUCAUUUUGGCUGACAGAGACAUGGUUGAACAAUCAUCAGGUAAUUUAACUUUAAAACUAGAACUAUUCAUUCCAAUUUACAUAACAAUGGCAAAAUCAUAUUAAUACAAAUAUAUCCUGGGAUAUGUAGUUUGAUUCUCCAAGAGAGGAUGAUGUAAUUGUGCUUUAAAUGUCUCUAGCUUAAAAUAGAGAAACAACUGUUUCCCAGUAAAGAGAUCUCCUAAUCUCCACACAUCUGGUAAGGGAACCUCAAACGGUCAAUACAGCCUGGCAUCAUGGUCUGGAGUUUUAUUACUAUUUGAGACCGCCAAGGGAUUCCAUGUCACAGGGAAAAUGGUCAGAACACCACAGGGAUUUGUAGUAGGAGUUUUCCUUCUCUUACUUAAGCCACCAUCUAAGGUUGACAAGUACUAUAAAUUCUAUUUGUGUUGUUAUUAUAACUGGUAAUUCUGGGCUUUGAACUACAGCCCAUGAGAAUGUGUGUCAUGUUCAAGUGUUGACACACAUAACCACACAAUCACCCAGUAAUAUAUGCUACAUAUAUUGACUUUUAUUUAAUUUAAUCAAAAUAAGUUUUGAAAUAUGAAUUUCAGAUGAGUUAAUGGCAGAAGCUGAUGUUGUUGAUGUGGCUUUUCUAGUGGUGGGAGAUCCAUUAGGGUAAAAGUUAAAAUACUCAAUAAUUUAGCUGAAAAAAUUAUGACCAUGACAUUAUAUUAAGUCCCCUUGUAUUGUUAUAUUGUAGCUAUCUUUUCUAUAUAUUUAACAACUGGUUUUCAAUUGAAGAAGCAAUUUAAAAUAGUAUUAGAUAUUUUUUAACAUUAUAUAGGUCUGAUUUGUAAAUGAAAUAGGCAUUUUAUGAGCAACUUGUCAGUUUGAUGAACUGCUUCAUACAGAUGCAUUGGGAUUUAUAACAUACUUUGAUAUUCACUUAUGCUGAAUGUUUAACAAUAUUUCUGAUAGUUAAUAGUUAUCAAUCAAGUUUUUACAUUUAAAUUCUUUAAUUAUACUAUACAACUUAAGUUUAAAAUAUAACGAUUGUAUUCAAAGGGCCACAACACACACAGAUCUCAUACUACGAGCGGUUGAAAAAAAUAUACCUUAUCGUGUUGUUCACAAUGCUUCAAUUAUGGAUGCUAUUGGAUGCUGUGGGUUGCAGGUAACAAUUAUAAUAAUAUAUGUGUGGUUGUUUCAAUUAUAAAUGCUAUUGGUCGAUGUGGGUAGCAUAUAAUUUUUAUAGAAAAGAUCAAGUUGUUCACAAUGCUUCGAUUAUCAGUGUCAUUGGAUACUGUACGUUGCAUAUGACUAGUAUUAAAAUAAAUAUUUUUUUGUAGGGAUGCUUUUAGGAAAUUAAAUUGUAAAAUUGCAUGUAUGAAUCUAGAGAUAAAAUUAUUAAGUUAAAUAAAAAAUUUAACUAUCUUUAUUUUCAAAGUUUUAAAAAAAUUCUGAAAACAAUUUCCAAAUCUUGAACAAUCAUAUUUAACGUAUGUUAAUUUUUUUGUCAUUUUUUUUAUUUCUUAGCUAAACAACUAUGUGAAACUGUUUUUAUUAUAUUACUAUUUCUUAGCUAAACAACUAAGGUGAAACUGUCGUUACUGUGUUUCUAUUAGCUAUACAACUACGGAGAAACUGUUUCUAUAGUAUUUUGGACUGAAGAAUGGAAGCCUGAAAGCUUCUAUGACAAGAUUCUAGUCAACUUAGACAGAGGUCUGCAUACACUGUGUCUCCUAGGUUUGUUGUAGUCCAUUACUAGCUGAAAAUGUUUAACCUUGCUAAUCAUUAAAAGUUACAAAGUUUUAAUUUUAUGUUAUGUAAUUGUUAAAAGAAGCAUCAUAAAUUUGAUCAACAUGUAUGCUUUUGAUAUUAAUGGCAUUAUUUUAUUAAAUAGCUUUUUUGUGCUGUUUUUAUUUUCAUUGGACAGAUAUUAAAAUGAAAGAGCAGACAAUAGAGAAUCUUAUGAAGUAAGUCACUCAUAGUGUUUUGGUUACUGGUAUACCUAUAAAAAAAAUUAAGUGCACCUGGCUUAUGUGAGCCUGCACUAAAAAUUAAUCAAAGUUUCUAUCAAUAGAAUAUCCAUUUAAAAAUUACUUUAAAAACUUGUCAGAACUGUAUUUAAGAAUGCUUGCCCACAACUAAGUCUAUUAAGUUCACCCAAAAUUAAAUAUAUUUUUAAUACAUUAUUAAUUUUUAAUUUUUUUUUUAUAUACGUUAAUAAGUUAGAAACUAUUAUUAAGCUAUUUUAUUUUAUAAGAUGAAUAAAAAAAAUUCUGUUUGUCAAUUUGUAAUAAUAACAGAGGCCGUCCCAUAUAUGAGCCACCUCGUUUUUUAAGCGCUGCUCAGGCAGCACAGCAACUUCUGGAAAUAAUUGAAAACAGAAGCGUUGAAAAGAAAACAAAUUCAGGUGAAUUUUUGUAUGUGGUUUUAAGUUGCCUGGAAUUAAUUUCUCUAUAUUUAACAGCUCCAGGUUAUGAAUAGAAAAUUUGAUUUUUUAACAAAAAUAAGUCCUCUUUGAAAGUGUAGUUUCAAUUGACUUUAAUUUCUUCACAUUUGUUUUUAAAUGUUCCAUGAAUAUUCUUGCCAUAAAUAAUUGUACCUGUAUUAUAGAAAAUCAAAUAGUUACUAGGAAGUCAAUAUGGGGCAUUAUAGAAAGAAGUGAGACUUCACAGGAUGGCUGGUUUCUGUGUUAUAAUAAUUACUUAUGAAUAUCUUACAUAAAAAUUUAAAAUUGUAGUUUACUAUUUUUGAUGGAGAGAAUUUUUUUCUUGCCUGUAUUAUUACAGGUACACUCUGAUCUUAUGUCGUUUCAUUAUGACCCUUUACAUGUCAUCAUGAAACUCAUUUGUUAAAUAAGCUUAUGUUCUAUUGAUUUCUGUUACAGAUCUUACACCUAAUUCAAUUUGUGUAGCUGUGGCAAGAGUUGGUGCAGACAAUCAAAAAAUUGUCACAGCAAGCUUAAAAGAAAUGGCUAGUUUGGACUUAGGGCCACCCUUACAUUCAUUGGUCAUUCCUGGUCAUAUGCAUCCCUUGGAGAAGCAGAUGUUGAACUUGUUUGCUGUUAGUGAUCAUACAAAAACUUUUUUAACCCCAGAGAACUUGUAGUAUAAAUAAAUAUAAAAUGUAAUGACCUUAUUUGAUCUUUGAGUGGAUUGUUUUAUGCUGGCAGAACCAUAUGCAGAAUGCUUCAUCCAAUGAGGUUUUGUCUUGUUAAGAAAUCUGUGGCUCCAACACAUAAAAGCUCAUAGUGUAUAUCACUAUCUUUGGAUGUUUUGUUUCAAACCUGAGGCUAAUGAACAUUGAAU